UUCCUUAUUUUCCCGUUGCCUUUUCGGCCUCCUCUUUAUGCUCCGUCAUUUUCCUAUUUUCCCUGCGGCCGUUUCUUCUCUCCUCCGUCCAUUCACCGUUGCUCCCACGUCUCGAUCCUCUUCGAUUUCUCGUUCUUUGUCUUCGGUUCUUAACCUCGUGGCAUUCUAUCAUCUCGCUCAGUUCAUCGUCGGCGUUGCUCUUCAUCGAUUGUAUCUGCUUGGUUUCUCAAAGAAUUGAAGUGUUUAGGAAACAUGAUUGCCUAGAGCUGUCUUAUAGAGUUUUAGUUCUUCGCUUCAGCAAGCCAUGGGAACCAGAGGAGUAAUCAGUGAUAAAUGGUCGAUGAGAGUUCUCUGGGCUUGUGCCAUUGGAAGUGCUAUCAGCUUAUAUGUGGUUGCGGCCGAAAGAAAAUUACAAAAUAGGGAGAGGAUGCUGGCAGAAGGCUUGAAGGCUAUGGAAUCAGGUGGAACAAAUGGCAAAGACGCUUAACUGGAGAAGGUUCCUCCAUUUUCUGUAGAAUCAAUGCUAUACUUAUAUACUAAGUAGACAAAGCUUAGUUGCUAAUGUUUCCUGCAGUUGAUUACUGUAAUAAUCAUUGCUUUCAAUUAUAUUGAAGAAAAGAAACAGGAAUAUGUGUUUUUAAAUAAAAGAUGUCAAAUUGAUUUUUUGAUUAACUAAA